AUGAUUUUGGAGCGUAAGGUAGUUGUCGAUAACAGGGAUGAAAUUUCAACGCGACUCGUCACAGAGAACUCCUCCUCCUCCUCUACGUCACAUCUUCUGGAUGGUAAGGAAGUCGUUAUGGGAAAAAGCAUAUCGCAUGCUACAGCGGCUUCAUUUUCUCUGAGCCAAGGUCUCUGGCACAUACGACGGUUUGAAGUGCCUUUUAAAUUGAACCCAUCAAAAAGGAGUCCGAGACUGACGCAUAUUAAUAUCAAUCCUGCUCGGAGGGAUCAUGCGAGAAGCAAUAAAAGAUCAGCGACAGCGGGUUUCGAAGCAGGUUUGCAGGAUCGAGACGAACAGCCGAAGAACUACUCGUUUUGGCGACGACUGUUUCGUUCUAACUCAUCAACGCUUCGUUCACCUCCUACGAUCGAGCAAGACGGGUCGACCGACGGGUCCCUUAAGGAACCACCCACGGAUUUCCCGUUGGACGUACCAGACGAAGAGAUGCCGCACGACGACCCGCAUAGACUCCGCAACGAAUUGAAAGAAUUGGAGAAAAAGAAGUUAUCCUCCGAUAACUCGCCGGAUAAAGUGGAUGUUUUUAUAUAUGGCAUUCUGGGUGGCGCAAUAAUUAUGCUCCUUUCGCUCUUGGCUGUCAAACUCGUGACCAAAACAGUGAGAAAUCAUCGAAACUUUAUCCAAAGCAAGAAGCAGAAGACAGAAGUAUGGAAUUACCCAGGACCGCCAAGUUUCAGCGAAUCUGAUAAAGACCUGUCACAGAUUUCAUGCAGUCAACAUAGCGUCGAUGAGUCGAUGAAGUCCAGCACCACCCCUCAGUCUUCCAGCUUGGAGUCCUUGCCCUCUGGACCCAAGGACGAAAACCAGACGAGUACCCAAGAGUCAAAAUCCAGCACUGAAGGUAGUCCAGCAGCUGCAGACCAGUGA